GAGACGGCGCGGGGCGGAGAGACGCUACUCCGGGAGCGGCCUCGCAGCGGGGCAUUUCAUUAGUCCUCCCGCCCUCUUCGUGAGCCUGAGCCCGGAUCAUUCAAGUUUAGCUGCUCCGUCUGGGAUCCAACUCCUCUCCCAGGUGCUGCUCCUUGACCACUCCUGUCGUCUUCUCAUCACUUGAAAAGCAGCGAUGGAGGCCCUUUGCCACUCAGAGGACAUGCUGGCAAAAGCAUCCCAGCUGUGGACAAUGCUGGAUGACAUGGCCGAGAAUUCUCCCGAGAGUUACCACCAAUUCAUGCAGGAGCAAUUCAACAGCGCAAAGCAAUAUUAUGCUCCUCCUGAGCCAUUUCUGUGCCUGGAAGCCCUGAUCUUGGAGCCAACUGAAAACAGAUUGUUUGUUAACCUCUGCAGCUGGAAUAAAGUCCCUCCUCCCCAGUCCCGAUUCGAUCCAGUCCCAUUAAAUGCUGGCAAAAUGGAUAUGUUUGCAAAGUCAGACUCUUGCAGCAUUGUCGAUAUUGCGUACAAUCCAUCUGUCCUCGAGCAGGAAAAGAACCCAUUAGAGAAAGACCGGCUGAUACGUUUAUCCCUGAAGUUCAUUGAGCAGCGUUACAGCAUCACUCUGUCCCCCACUUACAGUAUUGCAAAGGUUAAAAUGAAAGGGAGUCUGGAAAGGAUGAGGCAGAGCUUACAGGGAGAGAAGCCGACAGCGCCUCUCCCUAAAAAGAGCAUGAAGAAUGAGAGGAUACUUGACCAGCUGAGAAUCAUCACAGCACCUGAGGAAGACAGAAGUCUGACUCUGCCAACAAAGAACACUGGUCCCCCGAAACCACGCCUAAUUGAGGAGAUUCCUGGUACGGAGAGACCAGCCGGACCAAGGUCUCCAGCCUAUGAAGUCACCACAAGGAGGGAUGCCAGCGGAAAAGUCCUGAAGCUUGAAGUGAAAGUUGAGAUGCCUGAGGUCUGCUGCGUCUCCGAGUGUGACCUGAGUGUUUCUAAGGAUGACCUGUUGAUUGAAUGCCCUCACAAAUACCGGCUGCACUUGAAUCUACCAGAGUCUGUGGAGGAGGAAGCAGUAUCAGCAAGAUUCUUCAAGAGGAAAGGGAUCCUGCUGAUCACAAUGCCUGUUUGCCAAAAGGAGCAAGAUCCAAGUGCUGAGUGAGCAACGGUUUUGAAGGGAUUAAUAUUAAGUGUGCUGGUUCUUAAGUCUGUAUUUUACUCCUUUGAGCAGGAAACUCAGUUGCCUUUUGAACAGAUGCAGCGUGCCCUCCACCACUGCCACCAGUAACAACAGUCACAUACAGUACACCUCUUAUCCCUCACUGAAUUUCUACUGUGCUAUUAAACUGUAUGAGAGAACUGUGUGAACUAAUCUUGUAAAGCAGUAACAGGCUGGCUGCCUCAAAAACAAUUUCUAUGUUAACUCAAAUAAAAACCAGGUAAAUUCUA